AUGUCAAGCUCAACAGUCAACUCGGCCAACAGAAAGCGAUCCUUCUCAAUAGAGUGCCCUAGUGAUGACGGUACAGGCGAAUUUGAACCUGCUUCAUCAAGGCCUCUUGCAAUAGCAGGCGUCAGAAAGCAACCAACUCGGGGGAAUAAGAAAGCAAGAAAGCCGGGAAGUCACAGUGCUUUGGUGUCAGGUGGUGCAUUUGAUACGCCCCUUGCUAAAACAGUUGCCCCUCCCAGCGAAGAUUACUUGCAGAUGGGCGACGAACAUGAUGAUAAUCAUGCAAGGCCUGGCCAAGCAGCUUUAACGCCAACAUCGAUGACUGAACGUAGUGACAGUCACGACAGCUCUCUACCUUCUCCAUCAGCAAUCACUAUGGCGUUGGGAGACGACGGCAGAGCGUGCUCACGUGCAAGUGGCCUGCCUAUCGGUGGGAGAGACACGACGACUUCGAAGGUGAACAGUAGCAUAACCAAAGAUAAUCUGGCAGCUGCUCUCUCGGCUUCAAUCAUGCUUGCAGCUGAGGAAGUUUCAAAAGUGGCGGUAAAACCACUAGUGUCACACUUUGAUAGUGUACUCAAAAAUACCCAGAAGGAGUUGGAAAUAAAGGAAGUUGAACAUGCUCGUUGUAUGCAAGACCUGAAUGACAAGCAGGAACAGUGGCAAUUGACCGAACAGGGGAAUCGAUCGCAAAUCUGCGGUCUGGAGCUGGCCUUGAGCGAAUGUCAACGAGCUCUGUCGGACGAGCAGACAACACUAAUUGAUUUGAAAGAGCAACAUUCUCAAUUGACAAAGUGUGUGGAUGACAGAAUUGCUGACCAAGAUAACAUGGUAGAAAAAGCCAUUGGACACCAACAGACAAUCAUUCAGUUGAAAGCGCGACUAGCCAAAAGCGAGGAAUUGCACGAGAAGGAAAUGGGGGAUCUCACAAAACACCAACAAAACAAUGCCUCUCUUAUUUCCAAACAUCUUCAGGGGCUAAGUAGGGCGGAAGCUGCGAGUCUAGUCCAUCAGACGUAUCGCUUAGCAGUUCAUGAGGAGCUUGAAAAAUGUCUGAGUCGUCACACAACAAAACCUCGAGAUGAUGAAACGAUCUUGGAAAAUAUCGCGACUCUCAUGCAAAAUGCUAAAAACCACACAAGCGGAAUACUCGAUCUUGUAGCGAGCGGAUCUCCAACAGUCGGAGACGUGUCAACGACCCCAUCCGGGGGACAAAACAAAGCGCCGAUUCGCAAAUACUCGGCUGUAAACAUAGGUAUAGCCUCAGGUAACCUACAAACUCAACGCAAAACUUUUAUACCGUCGAAAGACUCUGGAUAUGAGCCUGACGAAGGUUCCUCAAACAAGACAAGAGAGGUCGACCCCCCUAGUGGGCCGCGGCAAAUGGGUUCCGAUGGUGUUUCGGGAAUGAUGACUACAAGGAAUGGCUCGAUAAUUGAUACCUGGAGACCAAAUGACAAAGACAGGCGUCAAGUAGAGGAUAUUGAUAGCUACCGCCCUCACGACGAACGCUCCCGCUCUGGGGAGGAGCUCAGACGUCGUCGAUUCGAUGCAACUGAUACUGCCUCCAACAUAAGCCUAUGUCGAACCUUCCACAUCCAGAAUAGUUGUCCUGAUGAUGACGAUCAAUGUAAAGACGACCAUGGCAUUCGUCUACCUGACCACCUGCUCAAUGUGCUCGACAAUGUAGAGGGUGAGAUUUCCCGGAACGGUCUUAUCAGCUUGUUCAAGUCUCUUGAAAGAGUACGUCGGGAGCGUUAUUGCCACCAUUAUCAUGUGAAAGGCGACUGCCUCCUUCCUGUGUCCAGAUGUAAGUAUGAGCAUGGCGAGAAAGUUCAUGGCACUGAUUUGGAAGUCAUGAAAAUUGCUCGCAAAAUGUACGAAAAAGUCAAUCAGAUUCGGAGAUAG